AUGACAGUGUAUAGGUUGUGUAUUUGCCCCACACGUGCUGCUGCUAUCCUCAGCAGCAGUAGUAGUAGCAGUAGCAGCAGCAACAGCAGCAGCAGCUGCAGCAGCAGCAGCAGUAGCAGCAGCACAGCAACAAGUAGAGAGAGCAGCAGCGCCCCUUACCUGGAGCGACAGCAGCAGCAGCAGCAGCUGCUGCGGCGGCGACAGCAGCAGCAGCAGCUGCAGCAGCAGCAGCAGGAGAGUUUUAAUGGGCCAGAAGCCUUAGUUAUAUCCUUAGUCGUUAGCAGCAGCAGCAGCAGCAACAACAGCAGCAGCAGCAGCAGCACGACGGAGCGUAGCAGCAACAGCAGCAACAGCAGCAGCAGCAGCAGCAGCAAAUAUAUCCCAAUCAGCAGCAACUCCACCUCUCUGCUGUCUCUGCUGCUAAUCAUCUUGUCUAGCAGCAGCAAACUUUCUGUUAGGGGGGCCCCCCACUGCAGCAGCAACAGCAGCCCGUCUUCUUCUCCCCUGCCGCAGCAGCGGCUGCUGCUGCUCCAGCAGCAGCAGCAGCAGCAGCCCCAGCAGCAGCAACAGCAGCAGUAUACCCAGCUGCAGCCGCUAACGCAGCAACAACCGCAACUGCAGCAGCUGCCCUAG